CACUUAACCAAGCGCUUGCGUUCAACGUGGUUUCGUGACAAAAUAAAUAAGGCAUUGAAUACAUUCCGAAAAUGAAGGGAGAUAAAAAUGUUGACUUUGAACAACUAAAAGAUAUCGCCAACAAACUAAGAAUCGACAGUAUUGUUGCUACAAACGCCUCAAAGUCUGGUCACCCGACAUCAUGUGCGUCAAUGGCGGAGAUAAUGUCUGUUCUCUUCUUCCACACAAUGCGGUACAAGAUCUCCGCGCCACGAGACGCUUCCGCCGACAGAUUUAUUCUUUCCAAGGGUCACGCAGCGCCGAUCCUGUACGCGGCGUGGGCGGAGGCCGGGCUGUUCCCGCUGGACGAGCUGAAGAACUUGCGCAAGCUGGACUCGGACCUGGAGGGCCACCCCACCCCGCGACUCAACUUCGUGGACGUCGGCACCGGCUCCCUGGGCCAGGGGCUCGCCGUGGCGGCCGGCAUGGCCUACGUCGGGAAGUACUUCGACCAGGCGCCCUACAGGGUGUAUUGCCUGGUGGGCGACGGAGAGGCAGCCGAGGGCAGCAUCUGGGAGUCGCUGCACUUUGCCAGCCACUACAAGCUGGACAACCUGGUCGUCAUCUUCGAUGUUAACCGUCUGGGGCAGUCCGAGCCUACCUCUCUGCAACAUCAGCUGGAAGUGUACGACGCGCGCCUGAAGGCGUUCGGUCUCAACUCGCUGGUGGUGGACGGACAUGACGUCACGGAGCUGGUCAAGGCGUUCGACGAGGCCGCUUCAGUGACCGGGAAGCCAACAGCGCUGGUGGCUAAGACUUACAAGGGAAGGGGCUUCCCGGGGAUCGAGGACCUGGACAACUGGCACGGAAAGGCUCUGGGAGCUGAGGGAGAGAAGAUCAUCAAGCAUCUUCAGUCUCAGAUCAAAACAACAAAGAUUACACUAAAACCGAAAGCUCCACUAGCAGAAGCUCCCAAAGUUCACAUCGAUGACAUCACACUCUCGUCUCCGCCAGCUUACAAGCAAGGAGAGCUGGUAGCCACAAGACUGGCAUAUGGAACUGCACUUAAAAAGAUUGCUGAUACUAAUCUGCGUGUUAUCGCUUUGGAUGGUGACACCAAGAACUCUACAUUCAGUGACAAGCUUCGGAAUGCUUACCCUGAAAGAUAUGUGGAGUGUUUCAUCGCUGAACAGAAUCUAGUUGGAGUGGCUACGGGAGCAGCCUGCAGGGACCGGGCCGUGGUGUUUGUCUCCACAUUUGCUGCUUUCUUCACAAGAACUUUUGACCAAAUUCGUAUGGGUGCUAUUAGUCAGUCCAACAUUAACCUUGCCGGUUCACACUGCGGAGUCAGCAUCGGAGAGGACGGUCCGAGUCAGAUGGGACUGGAGGACCUUGCCAUGUUCCGUACAGUGCCUACUGCUACUGUCUUCUACCCGUCUGAUGCAGUCUCUACAGAGCGUGCAGUAGAAUUAGCAGCCAACACUCGAGGCAUCUGUUACAUCAGAACUUCUAGACCCAACACGGCUAUCUUGUACCCCAAUGAUGAAGUAUUCAAGGUCGGACAGGCCAAAGUACUCCGUCAGUCCGCAAAGGACCGAGUGUUGUUGAUCGGAGCCGGAAUCACGCUGCACGAAGCACUUGCUGCUGCUGAAGAAUUGAAAAAAGAAGGUGUGGAGGCUCGUGUGUUGGACCCGUUCACCAUCAAGCCAUUGGACGAGGCUGCAGUUCUGGAGAAUGCUCGGGCUGCUGAGGGAAGAAUACUUGUUGUUGAAGAUCAUUAUCAAGCGGGAGGUAUCGGCGAGGCGGUGCUGUCGGCGGUGUCGCUGCAGCGUGACGUCAUCGUGCGGCAUCUGUACGUGCGCGAGGUGCCCCGCAGCGGCCCGCCCGCCGCGCUGCUCGACCACUACGGCAUCUCGCAACAACACAUCGUGGCCGCCGCCAAGCAACUCAUUAAAGCCUAAUCGCUGUCUUACUCUACUUUCCGAGAUUUUCAUGACUUAAGACAAAAAGGAUUGUGUGAUUUUAUGAAACCACGGUAAAAGUGAAACUUUUUUUCACAUUAUAGACAUUUAACUCUGACAAACAACAUUUACAUUAAACACUGACAAAAACAAACAAAAUAGCGUACAGCACUGGCACCAAUGAAUAAUAGUCUAUACACUACACGGUCAGCUGCUGCGAACUAUAGGCGCCGCCAUAUUGGCCUUGGCUGCUCUGACGAGUGUCUUCCACUUCAUCCCUACACCGCGGCCGACCUUCACGAGACAUGCAACACACAGACGAAAAAGUUUGAGACGAUUUAACAAAAGUUACACUUCAUAAAAUUCAAUCUUUUCGUAUGUGACUGCGAGCGCGAAGUUAGAGCUUUAUAAAUAUCAGACAAAAAAUGCAAAAAAUUAGCAUAUCAAAUGGGCAAUUCAAUUUAUAACGUGUAAAUGUAAUAAUUUCAUAUACCCAGCCCAACUUAUGUUGAGAUGCCGCUUUGGGAAUGAGACUAAUGUUUACAAACGUAGGAUUUCACUUACAGUUAACUCGAUUACGAAAAGCUGAUUAGAAAAGACAUAGAACGUCUUUAUUUAAUCUCUAAGCACUUAAGGUUUUUAUAAAAUCUCACUUGAAGCCGAUUUGCGCUUGAACUAGCUGCAUUAAUAGUCAAUGAAAAUCUCUAGAAACAUAAUUUAUAAUCUGAUUCAGUUGGUGUUUUAUAUUUCUAUACUAAAUGUGUGGAAUGUGUCAUCACUAAAUGAAAACAUAAAAUUGAAAAAUUUUAUUCCAUGAAACUAUAAUUAGAUUGUUAUAGACAUUCCAAAAUUAAAAUAAAAUCGUGCACAAAUUUAAAGGCACACUAGUUCCUAUGCUAACAAAAUAUACUGAGUAAAAUAUGAUUGUUAUACAUUAUAUAAAUUAUAGUUCUAUUACUUCAUUGUUGUUAUAAUCUUUAAUGUGAGGGUAAUUCUCAUGCGUUUUAUUGUUGUUUUGUACAAAAAAGGUUCGCCGGUGAUUUUUGUGAUCUCUCACCACGCAACACCACAUGUAAUGUCUGAAAUUUUGGAUACCACUUAACAUCAGACAGGCUGGGAACUCGCCCACUCAACCAUGUCAAUGAAAUGUAUUUUUAUUAUGACAUAAAUUUUGAUAAACUAUGUACCUAAUAAAGGGGUUUGGAUGUAUUUCUAGUAAUGUAAGUCAAACCAAGAGUAAAACGUGCUGCAUACUUUUAUAGACUAGUGCCUUCAUGUGGAACUGACAAGGUAAAGGCUGAUGGGUUUUUAGAUUGGAUUUUGACGGUUAGCGUGUAAGGAUUAUAUAUAUAUUGUAAGUAGGUGUAGUGCAGUAUAUAUUCACAGGAAUCGAGAUCAAGGGCUAUUUUCAUUAUUUUUUGUAAACAUUGUUAAGAAUUAGGGCUUCCAUUUUAUAUGAAAAUACAUAGAUUUUUCGUUAAAUCAUUUAUUCGGAAAUAUUACAUUCCUGUUUUUUUUAUUUUUUUCAUUUUACUUGGAGCGAUUUGGUUUUCUGUAAUAAACUUUUAAUACUAAA